AGUUAAACACGCUGCGCUGUUCGAAAACAAUAGUUCUGCAUUGAAACAAAUAAAACAACUCAAGUUCUGCUGUUCAUUAAACAUUCUUUGGCAGAUUUUGCAGCUCAAUUGUGCAACGGCUGUGUUGUGUGCAUUGUUUUGCAGGCGUCGCCUUGUUCCAGGUGCAACCGUGGUUGAAAUUGCAGGCUCAAUUCUAUGAGCAAAAGUGAGAGCUGCAGAAAGACGGCCGGAAUGAGUCCGUCGGAGACCAAUCUUUUGGUUAAACAAGUUUACCGGUCAAGUAGUGUUUUAGUGUGCUCUAGAGAAAAUUUAAAUUGCAGGAGUACGUUGAACUUGAACAACAUUAGAUCAAUGUGCCACAGGACAAUUCGAAAAGCGGACGCUCAGUGUAUUCGGGGCCAGCACAUGGCAAUCGGUGCUGUUCGUGCACGAUUAUGACCGUUAGCUCCAAAACCAUUCGUGAAUAAGAGCACGAUAGCAAACAGAAAUCGCCUGAAAUCGUCCCCUUACUCGUCAUUUGGCACCGUUCUCGGGCCUAGUUAUUCGUGAGUGACAAACAUCAAGUGACGCCAAAAUGUUUAAUCGACUGCGGGUGCACAAGGAGAAACCCUCCAAGUCGGAAUCGAUAUCCACCAGCAAUACCGCCGUCAUACAGGAAGCGACAAAGGAGAAUAAAAAUCUUGUGCUCGAUAACAGUCGCUGGGAGCGUCGCCUACAAAAAGAACUGAUGUCUUUAAUCAAGGAACCCCCGCCAGGCGUGUCCGUGGACGAGGAUAGUGUUAGUCAAAAUCUAACGCAGUGGAUCAUAAACAUCGACGGUGUGGAAGGGACCUUAUACGAAGGAGAACACUUUCAACUGUUGUUCAAAUUUAACAACAAGUAUCCGUUCGACUCGCCGGAGGUGACAUUCAUAGGCUCAAAUAUUCCCGUCCACCCGCACGUAUAUUCAAAUGGACAUAUUUGUCUAUCCAUCUUAACAGAUGAUUGGUCACCAGCGUUGUCAGUUCAAUCCGUUUGUCUUAGUAUAUCUUCAAUGUUGAGUAGCUGUCGAGAGAAGCGGCGACCGCCGGACAACGGUAUCUACGUAAAAACCUGCAAUAAAAAUCCCAAGAAAACCAAAUGGUGGUACCAUGACGAUUCCGUGUAGAGAGAGAGAGAGAGCAAAAUAGGAAGGCAUUUGCUACCGGGACGGUGAACAACGGUGCUUGGACGUUGUUGAUGCGAUUGCGACUGCUUCUCAUGUUAGCCACCAUAGAAAAGAAAUUAUGGCGCACCAUCGCGCAACCACCGAGCACACGGCUGUAAUCAGUAGUAGUUUUCGGAGCGGUUCAUCAGCAGUUACAAUCAACUACUGGCACAAAUUGAACACCACGCGUCGAUCGUCGGCGUGGUGCGCUUGACGAGCGAAAACGAAUCCUUGUACCAUACGAGCAAUAUUUAGCUGUGAAGAAACGUCAGCGUCAUUGUAUUGUUUUUUUCUUCACAAUAGAUGCGAAAUCAAACCGAUCCGUUACCGUGCCCUUUGCUUACUCUCAUAGGACAAGUUAACCGAGAAAAUAAGGUAACUGGCAACGAAAGUCAUCGUAAGCUGCAGCAGAGCAAAAAGAACAGGUUGUUAUUGAUCGUAACUCAGAUCCAGUAUAAAGAAAAGCCAGUGGGUAAGAAAAAGUAAAAUGCGGCCGUACUGAGGUAGUCAGUCAUAUUCUUGUAGUAUUGAUAGCAUAAAAUUCCUCGCUAAAUUUUGUGCUUAAUUUAUUUUAAUGUUUUCCGUACGUUCGGUAGACCGUCCAACAACAACUGCUCGAUGGACGCCAACAGUCAAUGAAUUAAUUUUUACUGUAAGCCUAGCGUUGUAAGAAAGACAUUAAAAUUGGCGUAGCAGCAGAAUAGACUGUUUUACUGUAACAACAACAAAAAACUUUCUUUUCAAUCGCUCACGAUUUGCGUUCGAACCGUACCAAAAAUAAAAAAAAUUAUGUAAAAAGGUACGAUUACUGCACCAGGUACCGACGGGGAUCGAGGGCCGCGAUUAGCGAGGAGAAAACCAGUUGAUAAGAUUAAGAAUGGAGAAUGUAAUGUGUUCAUGUAUGAUUUUGGUGAAAUGUUUGCCCUAAAACACUAGUGGACUCGUCUCUAACAGCCACAGACACCAUGUAAAGCGGUUACGUACAUCAGAUACCAAAAUUACUCUUCAACAUUCCCAGAAUAUUUUCCUUCUAUAGAUUCUACUUACAAAGGGAGGGGGGGGCUCGAUAAGGUGCAAAACUAGGAGCGUGAAACUUUUUCAGCCGGGCGGUAUAGGAACUAAGGACGUCGGAACAUCAAAACUAAACCCUUUCCCGGGGGGGGGGUAGUGCAUGAUGCUUGAAACAAACAAUUUAUGUUAAACGAAACGAGCAGUUGGUGAGUCAACUUUUCAGCGAACUGCUCCUGGCACUACUUAGUUAGUAUUCGAAGAAUAAAAUCUAUAGUCUGUAUUCGAAUAGUUUAAGUCGGGUUUGUUGAACUGCAAUCAAAAUAUACGGCAUGAUGAAUUUUGCAGUCGAAGGAAAAUUAAAACGAGAAACACGCGCCUAAGGCCACGCCGACUAUAGAAUGUUCCGCUCAACAUUUAUGCCCAGGUUUUGUAGUCAGCAAAAUGGUUACUUUCAAAACAAUUAGAAAGAUGUGUAAACAUUUUCCAGGCGUAAAUAUAAA